AGUGCUUCGUUGUCACCAAACUCGUGAAGAAAUUCUAAUCAAUCAGAAUGAGUAAGCUCGUGGACACUAUCCUGCUCUUCAAUCAGUUCUUUAGAGCAACCUCUGUUGAGACAGGGAAUGGUCAGAUGUGAUGAUUCCUUCUGAUGGCUUCUCCGAGCAGAAUCAUGUGAUGCUUCGACCCAAUCUACAAAUCAGUGAGAGCAAGUUUUAAACCCUCAGCUAAGUUUAGUUGUUGAAAUCAACGGAUGCGCAUAGCAAAUCGGACACAUUUCCAAGUUCAUCUUUGCCAAAUUCUAUAA